AUGGAGCAAUCGGGAUGGAGCGUCAGAAAAAUCAAAAAGCAAGUCAAGUACAUCUCCAGAAAUACCAUUAAUUUCCAUCAUAUUAUUUUGCCAUCAACAACCCCGAAAAGCUCUCAGACAGGCGACCCCUCGCAUCAGAAGCCCCAGGACUCCGAGUCCGUGAUGAUGACGCUGCACUGGCUGAGCUUGAACUGGAUUUUUAAUUGGCCUAGUCCAUUGAGUGCUCCAUUUGCUGGCACCCCACUUGUGCACCCAUCUGAUAUCUGUAGGCCGAGGUGCGAGUGGGGCGACAUGGAGGACAGAUGGCCAACGAUAAUGGACAGCUGAGAUUUGCACUCGGAUAGCAGUAACUGUGGAAACAAGUUUGAAUUGCAAAUGAGUGAAUUGCAGAUGAACUGGGAAUUUUCCAAUUGCUAUUUGAAGAACUAAAUGGACUUUACGCAGUGUGAAGGUCUUCACGAGGAAACCUUGAUUGUUUAAUAUUGGUGAAAGACUUCUCUCUGAAGAUUCUCGGAUGAUUAAUUGGGAAAUGUUUCAGAAGUGGAAAAUUAAACUUGAAAACAAAAU